AUGGUAGCUAUCAUGACAGGAAUACUUAUAAUAUUUUGGCUUCAGUGCACAGUGGUUUAUGGAUUUGAUUUCAUAUCUCAAUAUCCUAUGCACUCCAAUGAAACAUUCUAUUUCAAUCACUUAGUUGUAGACAAAGUCAGUGGCCAAGUUUACGCUGCCUCUAUAAAUUGGCUUCACCAGCUAAGUCCAGAUUUGAAGCCUUUACACGUAAUUCGGACUGGACCCAAACUAGAUAACCCGACGUGCCAUGCCAGUGGAUGCUCUUCUUCCGAUAUCCAAACAACAUGGAUCGACAAUGUAAAUAAAAUAUUAGUGAUUGAUCAAGAGUCAAGGAUAGUUAUAGCAUGUGGUAGUGUGGCGCAAGGUUCAUGCUCAUUGUACAAGCUGGGUGAUUUGUCCGCAGAGCCUGACUUUAUUGCUGAAAGUGUUGCAGCAAAUGACGCUGAUGCAUCUACUUAUGCAUUUAUAGGACCUGAAAGAUAUAAUUCCUGGGAACGUUCUAAUGCCCUUUAUGUUGGAACAACUUUUACAAAUAAUGGUGAAUAUAGGCACGAUGUUCCUGCUAUUUCAAGCAGAAAUUUAAUGUCUCUACAGCUGGCACAGUCUACAUUUUCUAAACAGAGUUCAAUACAAAUAGAUGUUAAAUAUAGAGACAACUUUUUGGUACAAUAUGUUUAUGGAUUCAAUGCUAGUGAUUAUGCCUACUUUCUCAUCAUCCAGAAGCAUUCACAUCUUGCGGGUAAUGAAGAACUUGGAUAUGUGUCAAGAUUAGCUAGGACUUGUGUUAAUGAUGACAACUAUAAUAGCUAUACUGAGGUUACUUUAGAGUGUCAUGUGAGAGAAGUUACAAGUGAAGGUAAGAGUGAAAUUGUCAAUUAUAACCUAGUACAAGAUGCAAAAAUUGCUAAAGCUGGUAUUAAUCUAGCAAAUCAGUUAGGUAUAGAACCAGGUGAUUAUAUUCUUGUAGCAACUUUUAGUCCAUCAAAAGGUAUUAGUAAUGAGCCCAUGUCAAAAUCUGCAAUCUGUGUAUUUUCCAUGCAGGAAAUAGAAAUUAAGUUUAAUGAAAAUGUUCAUAUGUGUUUUAAUGGUAGUACUAAGGCCCGUAACAUGGGUUACAUAUCUGGUAUGAUAUCAGAUGGUAAAUGUCCUAGUGUUGGUUCAGUUGGUAAUAUUCUUAACUUUUGUGAAGUGGGAUUAAAAAUAAGUGGUCUAUAUCCCAUUAAGACAAUGUCUGUCCUACAGUGGAAUGACACUUUAAUUACAUCUGUUACUAUGUCUGUUACUGGAUUACAUACAGUAGCUUUCCUUGGGACUAGCAAGGGUAGUAUAAAAAGAGUAUUAAUUGAUGCUGAAAAGGCUUUACAAUAUACAAGCGAAGUUCUUUUACCUGGUCAAAGAAUACUUCCUGAUACUACUUUAUCCUCAUAUCAAAAAUCACUUUAUGUGAUAGCCAAAAAUUCCAUAAUUCAAAUAUCUACAGAAAAAUGUGCAGAUUAUAGCAAUUGCUCUUCAUGUUUGGGAUCCAAUGACCCUCAUUGUGGCUGGUGUUCAUUAGAAAAACGUUGUACCAUACAAAAUAUGUGUCAAAAAGGUACACAAAGUGCUCCUAGAUGGCUUUCUCAGUAUACUGGUCAGCAAUGCAUUGACUUCGAACAAAUUUUACCAGAUAGAAUAUCAGUAAAUGAAGUGACUACUGUUCAAUUAGUCAUAAGAACUUUACCUGAAUUGCCAUUUGGUGCUAAGUAUAAAUGUGUUUUUGGAAAUGCACCUGCAAUUGAUGCAGCUGUUACUUCUAGUGGUCUUGCAUGUCCAACACCAGAUUUAAAACAUAGACCUAAAAUCUCACCUAAUCAAGAUCAUGUUUAUGUUCCAUUAUUAGUUCAUUCAUCUGAAACAAAUAAAGAUUUUGUUUCUCGUAAUUUUGCUUUCUAUGAUUGUUCCACACAUACAACAUGCCAAACCUGUAUCAUGAGUGAGUGGGCAUGCAAUUGGUGUAUCUAUGACAAUAAGUGCACACAUGAUAUUUCAGUUUGCCAAAGAACAAUCAUAUCAGGGGAAAAUAAUCCAACAAAGUUACUUAAUCAUGGUAUUGGGCACUGUCCCCGAAUCAGACAAUACAAAAAAUCAAUUUUAUUACCAAAUAAUGUACCAAAAGAAUUGGAACUUGAAGUUGAAAACCUGCCACAUUUACAACCUGGACACACAGGAUUUCAGUGUAUUGUUAGUAUUGAAUUGGCUAACAUGAUUUUACCAGCAAGAGUUGAAUCAAAUCAUUUUAUUGUUUGUGAUAAAACUAUGUAUUCCUAUGAAGAGGAUGUUGGUGAAUAUAAUGUCAGUGUCAAAGUUUUUUGGAAUCAUAAGCAUUAUAUUGAUACUAUAACAAUUACUUUAUAUAAAUGUGAAAUACUAGGAUCACACCGAGAUCAUGCUGAUUGCUCUCUUUGUAUUACACGAAACACAGUUUAUCAAUGCACUUGGUGCGGAAAUUCUUGUUCAUAUAGUGACUCGUGUCUUGAAAAUCCAGUAGCUGAAUGUCCCAAACCUAGAAUUGAUAUGAUCAAACCAUUAAGUGGACCAAUUGAAGGUGGAACUAUCCUCACCAUUGAAGGCAGCAACCUUGGUUUGCAUGUAGAAGAAGUAACAGGAAAAGUUCGCAUUGGAGAAGUUCUUUGUGAAAUAGUAGAUUUUGAAGUAUCUGUGAGUAUAACAUGCAAAACUGGGCCAUCUAAUUCUUCUGCUGUUGUACCAGUCAUUGUUGAAAAUGACUCAGGCUACACAGAAUCAUCAGUAUUUUUUAGUUACAAAAAUAUAAAACUACAAGGCGUUUAUCCUACAUUAGGCCCUGUUGCUGGUGGUACUCAGUUGGCAAUUGGAGGACAACAUCUCAAUAUUGGAUCCAAAGUCUUGGCAUAUCUUGAUGAACUUCCUUGUGCUGUCAACAAGACCCAAACUUCAAACAGUAGGCUAAUAUGUGUAACUCCUAAAGUAAACAAUCCUCUCAUAAUACAUACCAUUACAGUUUCUAUUGAUAAUGCAAAUCGAACACUAAAAGGAGACCUUUUUAACUAUACAAUUGACCCAACGAUUAUGGAGAUUAAACCAUUAAAAAGCUUUGUAUCUGGAGGGAGAAUGAUAACAGUUCAUGGCACUAAUUUACACACAAUACAAAAGCCUUUAAUAAAGUUAUAUUAUUCAAAUGAAGAUAUACCAGUUAAUUCUACUUCCUGUGUCGUUCUGAAUUCCAACCAAAUGGAAUGUCCAAGUCCAGCUAUUAAUGAAAAAUAUAAUGAAAUCUUACAAGCCACAAAAUCUCAAACCAAUACUCCUCAAAUUGCUAUGAAAAUUGGAUUUGUAAUGGAUAAUGUACAAACAAUGCAUGAUUUAGAAAAAUAUUUUAACCCACCAAGGACUCACAUGGUUUAUGUAGAUGAUCCUCAUAUUUAUCAAUUUCCAAAUAGAAUUAAAUCUUACAAAGACCACCAUGACCCGUUAGUUAUAGAAGGAGACAGUUUAAUAAAAGCUAGUGAUGAGUCUGAUGUUGUUGUAACUAUAGGUACUCAGCCAUGUAAUGUUACAAGUUUAACAAUGCAGCAACUACUAUGUACUCCGCCAGAAGUACAACCUGCAAGUACUGAUGAGAAUGGAUUUCAAACUAAUGAAUUAAACUUGCCUUUAGUUGUUGUUAAAAUUGGUAGAAAUUUAAGAUUCCCUAUAGGGUAUCUUCAUUAUGAGCUACUAAGAAAUUAUAAUUUUCCUCCAGAAGCUAUUGCUGCAAUUGCAGCUGGCACAUUCUUUUUGGUUUUAAUAUUUAUGAUUGUCCUUGUGAUGUACAGAAGACGUAGCACUAAAGCAGAAAGAGAAUAUAAACGCAUUCAAAUACAAAUGGAUACUCUUGAAAGUAAUGUUCGAUUAGAGUGCAAAUUAGCCUUUGCUGAGCUUCAAACCGAUAUGUCAGAUUUAGCAGCCGAUCUAGAACAUUCUGGUAUACCAACACUUGAUCAUGUUAAUUAUGUCAUGAAAGUAUUUUUCCCCGGAGUGUCCGAUCAUCCAAUUCUAAAUGUCAAGCGUCAGUAUAUUAAUACACCAAGAACUAACUACGACGCAGCUAUGUUUCAAUUUGAACAACUGUUGAACAACAAAUGUUUUUUGUUGUCAUUUAUUGACACGUUAGAAUCUCAGAAGUCAUUUAACAUACGAGAUAAAGUUAACGUCGCUUCUUUACUAAUGAUAAUUCUAAUGGGAAAAAUGGAAUAUGCCACAGAUAUAUUGAAAUCUCUUUUAUUGCGACUCAUCGACAAAUCGGUGUGUAAUAAACAUCCUCAGUUAAUGUUACGUAGAACAGAAAGUGUCGUCGAAAAAAUGCUAACUAAUUGGAUGGCAUUAUGUAUGUAUUACUAUCUUAAAGAUUACGCAGGAUCAUCUCUUUUCUUGUUAUUUAAGGCUAUAAAACAUCAAAUAGAAAAGGGAGUAGUAGAUGCCAUUACUAAUGAAGCACGAUAUUCUUUAUCAGAAGAAAAACUGCUGAAAGAACAGAUUGAUUAUCAAAUCGUAACAUUGCACAUUAUACAAGAUGAUUUUGAUGACAAAGUGCAGUGUAAAGUAUUGGAUUGCGAUAGCAUUUCACAAGUCAAAGAAUCUGCUGUUAUGUCCCUAAUACCUCGUCAAAAUGAUAGUUUUAAUACGCCAUAUAAGAUACCAUGCAAAAAUUGCACUGGAAUUUACUGUACAAACUCACAUAUACGUGUUUAUAAGAGCGAUAUAUCAGAUCAAAAUGUUCAUUAUUAUCACCUAGUCAAGCCUAUCGAAUAUCAACAUAUCGUCAAUAAGUCAUCGGAACAUAGUCAUAAAGCUAUUCCUGAAAUUUUUCUAACUCGAUUGCUGUCAACAAAGGGCACGGUGCACAAAUUUGUAGAUGAUUUCUUUGGCACGAUAUUAACUGUGAAUGAAGUUCUACCUCCAGCUGUUAAAUGGUUGUUUGAUCUAUUUGAUGAUGCAGCUCGUUCACACGGUAUUAUAAAUCCGGAAGUAGUACAUGCUUGGAAAUCAAACAGCUUACCUCUAAGAUUUUGGGUAAAUCUAAUUAAAAAUCCAGAUUUCAUAUUUGAUAUCAAUAAAACCGCAACGGUGGAUUCAUCACUUUCUGUAAUCGCCCAAACGUUUAUGGACGCGUGUUCAUUAUCGGAACACCGGCUUUGUAAAGAUUCUCCAUCCAAUAAAUUGUUAUUUGCAAAAGACUUACCGACAUAUAGAGACAUGGUUAUUCAUUUUUAUCAAGCCGUGUCUCAAUUACCUCAAGUUACUGACCAAGAGCUGAGUACUUCGAUGCAGCAGCUUUCCGUGGAACAGCUUAAUGAAUUCGACACACUUUCUGCUUUGAAAGAGCUGUACAUUUAUGUCAGUAAAUAUAGAGAACCAAUUGUGUUAGGUUUAGAAAAUAAAAUGCACUUAGCUCAUAAAUUAGAUAACAUAGCAUGCACUAUGGAAGGUGAUCCGUCAUCCAUAUGCUGA